AUGUCUGGAGAAGGGAUGGAAGCCAGCAGUUCGACUGCUGAAGGUCAAGUUAAAGAUCAAGCAAUCUCUGUCCUUACAACUACCAUCUACACAGUGAUGGGAUUAUUGGGCGUCCUUGGUAAUACUCUCGUUCUUGUCGUCAUCAUCGUCGUACGCGAUCUCCACGAUGUCGCUACUGUCUUGAUCGGUAAUCAAUCUCUGAUUGAUCUCUUGACAUCGCUCCUACUCCUGGCCGGCUUCGUUGCUCCUCUACCAUCUAUUCCAACCAACAACCCAAUCCUUGACCGGUUCCUCUGCGCAUUUUGGCACUCCAAGUAUCCGUUCUGGUCUCUCAUCGUCGCUAGUUCACUCAAUCUAACAUUAAUGACACUGGAGCGGUACUAUGCUAUCGUAUUCCCUCUUCAUUACCACAGUAGAACCAAAUCAACGAAGUUGGCCUGUCUUGUAGCACUUCCAUGGUUGUCGGGAUUUGCCUAUCAGCAAAACCUGAUGUGGUUUUCGCAGACGGACAAUGACAGUUGCAAUUUAUUCCAGUUCCCAAACGAUGAGGCGAGAACCGGUUUCGCUUUUGGUGCAAUGUUUUUAGAACUGGUCUUACCGAUUGCAGUAAUGGCAUUCGUGUACACUUCGUUGACCAGAAAGUUGAGGUCGACCAUGGAAGAAAAAUUCCACAAGAGGACCAAGGAAAAUCCUAGAUCAACGUCAGAAUCGAAAACAAGGAAAGCUGGACGUGUGGACCAUCGACGUACUGCCAGAAGGAAUAUCAUUAAAGUAAUGUUGACAGUGUCUCUUUUCUUUAUCAUCUGUUGGACCCCGAACCAAGUGCUAUAUACGGCCUUUUGUUUUGGUUACAACUUAGACUUUAACGGCUUCCUUUACACAUUCUCCGUCUUUAUUGCUUUUGGUAAUAUGUGGAUCAAUCCGUUUAUCUAUUCCUUUCAAUAUCGAAGAUUUCAGAAAGGAUUGAAGAAGGUCUUCUGUAAAAAGAGAAGGUCCAACAGACCAAUGGCCGUUUCAAAUACACUUUCAGCAACUCUUUGA